AACUCAAGUUCAACUCGCUCCGAUGCCAGCGUGCUGGUGGGCUCAAUGGGGACGCGGAGACGCGGGAUCCGGGGAGAACUCCUGUUUGGAUAGAGGUCCGCAAACUCCUAGGUGCUCAGGCGCUUGUCUGAACGCUCCUCCGCCGGCAGGGGCUCAGCGCCUUGGGAGCCCGGGGCGAAGGCGGCUACAGAUGUCGGCGGAGUGCAGUCAGGAGGUGGAGGCACGGACCUCCCUGUCGCGCAGCCCUCGGAAUGCGAGCCUCCGAGAAAUGAGCGCUCUGCCCAUCAAUCUUUGCCCUUCCUUUGGUGACGCUCUCACGCUCCGCCGUUCAUGUUACCAUUCUUUUCCCGCAACUGAACGAACCCAGAGAGACGUCACGAGCCCCCAAACGGCACCGUCUUCAAUCUCCGCUCCGGGGACGGGGACGGCGGGUGGCUGCACCGAGCCUGAGCUGCGAUCGCAGUGCGUGGAAGGUGCUGGGCAGGGCGAGCAGGCAGCGGAGACGCGACGCGCUCGUCCUCGGCCGCCCACUCCGCUCCCGGUCGCCCGCCUUCUGCCGAGACAACGCCGGUGUCGACCACGUGGCGGGAGCCCGGAGCCCGGGAAGGGGGGCGGGCCACCUGGAGGGGGUGGGCAGUUCCUCCCAGCUUCCAGAUCCUAUAUAAACAAAUCCUGGGCGAGGAGGCGAAGACGCUGCGGGAGGAGGACUUCAAGCUCCCAGACCACGCGGAUACCCGCUUUCUCUGCUAGGGCUUUUUGGAGCAACUUCGGACCAGCAGAGAUACCAACUCCCCGGCUCAUCUCACCCAAAAGGCGCCAGGCCAGAGAUUCCGUGGAAGUCGCCGGCUGCUGGCGGAUCUGCUCCGGAUUCCUCCAUGGUGCCGGCCGGAGCGCGGCGAGCCGGGGCACGGUGGCGGCAGCCGGCUGGAGGCAGAGGAGGACCCAGGUUGGGCCGGUCCCGCCGAAAGGGGACUCCCUGAGCCUCCUGCCCCGCCGCUCAGGCCAGAUGCACCAACGCCCUUUACCACACACGCACGAACCUGUGGCAGCCUCUCCAAGAGACCUGCGCACCUAGCACCAUGCACUGGGUCCUCU